AACGAGAUGAACAGACCGGUAAUCAUUUGUCAACCUUUUUUAUUUGAGCAUGGGCAUCAGAUUUCGGGAGCAGGAGAAUCAUUACCCUCCAGAGAUUGUGAAAGAUGAUGACAGAAAAAUGCAAAGAGGAUUCAGAGGACUGUCUAACCAUCUGCUUAAAGUACCUGCUGUUUGUUUAUAAUUUCUUCUUCUGGAUGGCGGGUGCUGGAGUGUUGACCAUUGGAACUUGGACGUUGACUGAAAAAAGAGAUUACUUGAGCCUUCUUCCAUCCAGUACAUUUGCUGUCUCUGCCGGUAUUCUCAUCUUCGCUGGUAGCCUGGUGCUGGUCACGGGAUUCCUCGGUUGUUGUGCGGUUGUUCGAGAACAGCAGGCAGGUCUGGCAGCAUACUUUUCCUUACUCCUGCUGAUCUUCCUGACUGAGCUGGUGGCUGGAAUUCUUGCUUGUGUUUACUACCAGCGGUUAAAUGAAGAGCUGAAGCAGAGCCUGAACAAAGCGAUGAUGGAAGAUUAUGCACAGCCUGGGGAGGAGGUGGUUACCUAUUCCAUCAACCAGCUCCAGCAAGAUUUCAAGUGCUGCGGCAGCAACAGUUCCGCUGACUGGCAACACAGUGCUUACAUCCUCUCCCCUACUUCAGGUAACAGACUCGUACCUGACAGCUGCUGUAAGACAGUCACUGAGGCCUGUGGCCGGAGAGACCAUCCAUCAAAUAUCUACAAGGUGGAGGGUGGAUGCAUCACCAUAUUCGAACAGACCCUGGCAGAAAACACCCUGAUCAUUGGAGCAGUUGGCAUUGGUGUAGCUUGUCUUCAGCUGAUCGGGGCGGUCAUUACAGCUUGUUUCAUCUGUGCGCUCAUCAGAGAACAGGAAGAGGAGGAGUACUGUCAGACCUGAUUGGCCAGUUACUAGCCUGUGGUUGUUUGCUUGCUUUGAACCAAAGUUGCUCUCAAUCCCCUUCUCAUGGCUUCUCUGACCCCAAACCUCCUGUCCCCACGUCGUCGCUGUUGAGUUGCAAUUGUUUGAUUUCCAUGGCCAACUUGAAGUUGAUAUUUUCUAUUCUUUGAACAGGUCACCAUAAGAACAAAGUGAAUCUCUUCCAUGAUAUAGAGAUAAACAUAUGUUUAAUGACACCCAUCCUGGUAUUUCUCUCCUUUUGAUCUCACUCAGAGCAAGGAGGCUAUGGUGGAACUGUAUAAAAUGCUGGUUAGGCCACAGUUGUAGUAGAGUCCUAUAGCAGGGAAACAGGCCCUUUGGACCAACCAGUCCAUGUUGACCAUGUUCCCAAACUAAACUAAUCCCACCUGCCUGCCCUUCUCCCAUAUCCCUCCCAAACCUUCCUAUUCAUGAAUGUACCCAAACGUCUUUUAAACAUUGUAACUGUACCCAUGUCCACCACUUCCUUGGGCAGUUCAUUCCACACACAAACCAUUCUGUUUAAAAACUCUGGUCAGCAUAUUACAGGAGGGAUGCGUUUGUGCGAUGGAGGGUGCAUAGGAGUUUUACCCGGGUACUGCCCGAGAUUGGAGGGUCUGAUGGGGGAAAAUGAGUGUACGAGGCUGGGGUAGACCAAGUGAC